AUGAACAAUUUCAAAGUCAUCUGCACGCUGGUACUCGUGAGUCAGUUGCACUUUACGCAGUGCUCUGCAGACAUCCACCGGGCACCACUAACUGCAGCGACUCCUGCACGGUUCUCGGCGCCCAGAUCGACCAGGCCGACCAGCCACUCAACAGGUGUCGCGGUUAAGUUCCCGACACAGCAGACGAAAGCUUACGCCACAGCGUUAGCCGACCUCCUGAGGACCAUCGUGUCGUCCAACGAGUUUCGGGAAGGUUCGACAGCCCUGCAUCAUUUACUGGCCGUUCUGCGUCCUCUCUUCCGGGCUGUCGGGAUCGUUCCGCCGGGGCCUCAGAAAAUCGAAGACGACACAACUACGACGACCACGACGACCACGACGACGACAGCUCCGACAACCGCAUCCUCCCCCCAGUCGGUCACAUGUCCGCCGACCGACAAGGGAUCGUCCAAAAAAAAGCUGAUGGCCCUAUUCGUCCCGAUGUCGGCCGCCGUCCCGUCAUCACCACCGACCGCAUCGCCACCGCCGACCGGCGCGCUACCAAAACUAUUCCGAAAGGCAGAUUCGUAUACUGAGAAUCGAUAA